AUGAGGGAUCCCACUGCAGAUAUGGAAGAAACGACACAGCAACCGGCGACCAACGGGUCGGCCGCCGAACCCCGCCGCAACAAUAAAUCAGUGCGAGUCGCGUUUGGUCCGGACCUAGAAACUACCAUCCCGACUCGUGAACGAUCGCCUGUCCCAUUCAGCAGUCAUCAUCGUUCCUUCACAACAGUUGAGCACACCCAGGCCUCCUCUCUCGCUGCACCAGCUCGUCCCACCAGUUCCGCCGGGGAGAAUGGUGCGAUGGUGUCCGACGACCCGCCCCGCCGCCCCUCUCCGCGAAGGUCGGAGAGUAGUCGUCCAGCGAUGUUGAAGAGAGCCAAAAGUGAUUAUGGUCCUAGUCGUGUCACAUUCGACAAGGUGGUUGGAGGGGACGAUGAAGAAGAUUUCGCUAUGCGACACGGAUGGCAAGAGGAAUAUACCUCAAGCGAGUAUUUGAAGAUUCUACACUCGAAUUUCUACAUGUAUUUCACGGAAAAACGUCAUGAGACCAAUGGCAUUCCCAGAGACCCCGUCGGAAGCUGGCCGAGCCAGGAUUGGCGUAUGAAAGAUCGAUUGAAGACAGUGUCAGCAGCCCUCGCAAUCUGCCUGAAUAUCGGAGUUGAUCCUCCUGAUGUCGUCAAGACAAACCCGUCCUCGAAGCUUGAGUGCUGGGUGGAUCCUACCUCGACCACCGGCGGUGGCCAGACGAAGAUCAUGGAGCAGAUUGGUAAGAAAUUGCAAGAACAGUACGAGACUCUGAGUCUACGAACAAGAUACAAGCAGUAUCUGGAUCCCUCUGUUGAUGAAACCAAGAAAUUUUGUAUCUCCUUGCGCCGAAACGCUAAAGACGAACGGGUGCUUCUUCAUUACAACGGCCAUGGUGUCCCAUUGCCGACACAGUCGGGUGAGAUCUGGGUGUUUAAUAAGAAUUAUACCCAGUAUAUUCCCGUUCCACUUUACGACCUGCAAUCGUGGCUGGCAGGCCCCAGUCUAUUCGUUUUCGACGUUUCACAUGCGGGGAACAUCGUCCAAAACUUCCAUAUGUUUGUGGAGAAGCACGAGAAGGAGAAUGCAGAGGCAAAGAAACGCGAUCCGAAUGCCAUCGUUCAGAACUAUGGCGAUUGUAUUCUUCUUGCCGCCUGUCAGAAGAACGAGUCCCUCCCCACUAACCCUGAUCUUCCGGCCGAUCUCUUUACAUGCUGUUUGACAACUCCUAUUGAAAUCGCGUUGCGAUUUUUUAUCCUGCAGAACCCCCUGCGGACGGAUAUAUCGAUUGAUGACUUCCGCGUUCCGGGUCGCCUCCAAGAUCGACGAAGUCCACUGGGUGAGCUCAACUGGAUCUUCACUGCAAUCACCGACACAAUUGCGUGGAACACGCUACCUCGUGCGCUGUUCAAGAAGCUUUUUAGACAAGAUCUCAUGGUUGCCGCUCUGUUUCGAAAUUUCCUCCUCAGUGAGCGGAUCAUGCGCACCUACAAAUGCCACCCAAUCUCUUCGCCAGAACUCCCAGAGACACAUCACCACCCUCUCUGGAAGAGCUGGGAUCUUGCCGUGGAGAUGGUUCUGUCGCAACUGCCUGCCUUAAUCGACCAAGAGGAAGGCCGCCGACAAUAUGAAUAUCAGCACUCUACGUUCUUCGCUGAGCAACUUACUGCAUUCGAGGUUUACCUCUCCUCUGGACCCACGGAGAAGAACCCUCCAGAUCAACUUCCUAUUGUCCUGCAGGUCCUUCUCAGCCAAGCACAUCGGCUGCGUGCGUUGAUUUUGCUCAGCAAGUUCUUAGAUUUGGGCCCAUGGGCCGUUCACCUCGCACUCAGCAUCGGCAUCUUCCCCUAUGUUGUGAAAUUGCUGCAAUCCGCUGCCCAAGAGUUGAAGCCCGUGAUGGUAUUCAUUUGGGCACGGAUCAUGGCUGUAGACCACACUGUUCAGAACGAUCUCCUCAAAGACAACGGCAUUCACUACUUUAUCUCAAUCCUCAACCCGUCUUCGCCCAUUCCUGUUGGUAAUGCCAGUGAGCACCGCGCCAUGUGUGCAUUUAUUGUUUCCAUAUUUUGCAAGAAUUAUCCGCAGGGCCAGAAUGUCUGUCUGUCUGGCGAACUCUUUGACUCUUGUUUGAGGCAUCUUGGUGACGUUGAAAAUCCACUGCUACGCCAAUGGUCAUGUCUCUGUCUAAGCAUGUUGUGGUGUGAUUUUCCAGAAGCUAAAUGGAUGGGCAUCCGAUGCGCAGCUCCCGCUCGUCUUUGUGAGCUGAACUUCGAUCCCGUCCCAGAAGUUCGGGCUGCAAUGCUACAUGCUGUCACUACGUUCCUUGGUAUCCCCGACUUAACAGACCAAGUGGCACAGAUUGAGGAGACUCUGGCCCAUGCCGUUCUACCCAUGUCGGCCGAUGGCAGUGUUCUCGUCCGUAAAGAGCUGGUUGUUUUCUUCUCGACAUUCGUGAAGCGGCAUCAGAACAAGUUCCUGGUGGCAGCCUACGAGGAACUUCAGGAAGAAAAGCAGUCUCUGCUCCAUCGUCUUCAAAGUGAGCGGUCUCAGACCGGUCGUGUAGAAUCCGAAAGGGGCGAUCUUAUUUUCGAUACGAAGCAGACCCAAUUGUCCCGAAACACAACCUUCGGAACCAUCUGGAAGCAGGUCCUCAUCCUUUCUGUUGAUCCGCACCCUGACAUCGCCCAGGAUGCUGGCGUCAUUGUUGACUAUAUUCACCUGGCUCUUCUAGAGUCGCCCAUGUCGACUCUUGCUGACAGAAUCAGAAUCGAGAUUCUGGACCUCACAGGCCAAGACGGCACCUCCUUCCACCCCGCCGUCAUCCACCACAGUUCCUGCAAAACAGGAGGGAUAUCUUUCGUUGGGUUUCAGACGUACCGCAAGCGUUGCUGCUUCUCUCAAAAAUCUCGCCUUCGGAAGCUCAACAGAUCUAACUUCAGAUUCCUCCACCCCCCUUCGCCAUCCCAGAGUCGAACGCCCAUUACCCCCCGGGGUCGUGCCCCUCCUGAAUGGACCCGUCCUCCCGAAGUUAACGACCAUGUCGCCCCCGCAACAUCAUAUCACCAAGCACCUGCUCCCACAUCCCGAGGCUUCUCUCCCAGGAACCCAGAUAUGGCACCGAUGAUCCCGUUGAAGAGUAGAUUUCUGGACUGGUCCACCGAGGUAAUUUCAUCCUUUUUCAAAGACUUCAGUAAAGCAGCCCAUAUAGAGUAUGACCUUUUACUUACCCACGACAAGUAUUUCCGGGAGCCCCAGAUGAAACCGAACGAGCCCGACGAGCCCGGCAGCUCAGACUACAACGAGCGCCUCUGGCGACGCGGCCGCAACGAGAAGAUCAUCGCGGAGACCCAGCCACUCAAGGGCAAAGCCGGCACGAGCCGGUGGGAUAAUUCGAUUACUCUGCUGUCGAAUAGCAGCCAACCAUUAAAGAUGUGCUUCCAUCAAUUUGAGGAUCAUAUCGCUGUGGCUGAUGAUCGCGACACCAUCGCUAUUUGGGACUGGCAAAGCCACAAGCGACUGAAUCAGUUUUCGAACGGAAACCCUGUUGGCUCCAAAAUCAACGAAGUCCGCUAUAUCAACGAGGACGACCAAGCUCUGCUACUGACUGGAUCUUCUGAUGGCAUGCUCAAGCUUUUCCGCAACUACGAGUCGUCGAGAAGAAUUGAAGUCGUCACCUCCUUCCGUGCAUUACCAGAGCUAAUCCCCAGCAACCGCAAUGCUGGCCUCGUGCUUGAUUGGCAACAAGGACAAGGAAAGGCUUUGGUUGCAGGAGAUGUCAAGGUGAUUCGAGUGUGGAAUGCUGCAACCGAAGUCUGCACCAAUGACAUUCCCGCUCGAUCUGGGUCUUGCAUUACAUCACUGACAUCGGACCAAGUUGCUGGCAAUAUAUUUGUGGCAGGAUUUGGCGAUGGUGCCGUCCGUGUCUUUGAUCAGCGACUCAAACCAACUACUUCUAUGGUCAAAGUCUGGCGCGAGCACAAGCAAUGGGUCACUAACGUGCACAUGCAGCGCGGUGGCUUGCGAGAACUUAUCUCCGGUAGUCGCAAUGGUGAAAUUCGGCUAUGGGAUCUCCGGAUGGACAAUCCAUUAUCGACAAUAUAUGCCACCAAGGACACUCUUCGUACUUUGAGCGUCCAUGAGCAUGCUCCUGUCUUCAGCAUGGGAACAAAUCGCCACGAAGUCAAGACCUUCAAUGUCGAUGGCACAUAUCUCUCCACAUUCGAGCCAUACUCGAGCUUCCUCCACCAUAACCGCUCUUCUCCCAUCACCUGCACGGCUUUCCACCCCCACCGCACCAUGCUCGCCUGUGCCGCAUUGAACGACCACCACAUCAAUCUUGUGUCUUGCUGA